CUUUAUUUUAUAUGCUUUAUUUUUCUUUCUUUAAUUUAAUCAUUAUUGUGGCAAAGCGAAACGCUAGUUCCCUUUCCCCACUUAUAUUGUGUUUCCCAUUUAAGUGAUCAUCGCGAGAAUUCAUCUGAUGCGUAUGAAUACGUAUCUCCAUUGACUUGCUUACAUAAUAGGUACAUACUUACAUGCGUAUGUAACAAUAUACGUGCAGUUAUAGGUAGAUUUUUUCACCCUUAGCAGAACAAAUUACCUUGAGAAGGCAAAAAUGAAGAGAGAUCGCUCCGAGAAUUCAGUUGAAAAUGCAUCCGACCCUAAGCAUUCAAAAAUUGAGAACGAUGACCCCCUGAUACCGUUCAUGAAGGAUUUCGAAGACAUCCAAAAGGACAUCGAGCAGUUGGACAUAAAAUGUGCGCAUGAGCAGAUGAACAUCCAGAAGCAGUAUGAUGAGAAGAAGAAGCCUUUGUUCGAAAAGCGAGAUGAGAUAAUUGAGAAGGUGCCCGGGUUCUGGGCUAACACCCUGAGGAAGCAUCCUGCAUUAAGCGAUAUAGUGCCCGAGGAUAUAGAUAUUUUAAACUGCCUCGUAAAAUUAGAUCUGAAGGAUAAUAUGGACAACAAUGGCUCCUACAAAAUUACCUUCACCUUUAAUGAAAAGGCAAAGGAGUACAUGGAGCCGCUAACUUUAGUAAAGCAUGUCACCUUCGACAACAAUCAGGAGAAGGUAGUUGAGUGUACCAGAAUUAAGUGGAAGGAUGGAAAGAAUCCCAUAGCAGCUGUGUCGAACAAUAGAUCCGACUUAGACAACGAAAUGCCAAAAUGGUCUAUCUUCGAAUGGUUCACCACGGAAGAAUUACAAGAUAAACCAGAUGUAGGGGAAUUGAUAAGAAGAGAAAUUUGGCACAAUCCCUUAUCCUACUAUCUUGGCUUAGAAGACUUUGAUGACUUCGAUGAAGACUUCGACGAAGAGUUUGAUGAUGAGGACGAUGAGGAUGACGAGGAAGAUGAUGAAGAGGAUGAGGAAGAUGAGGAGGAUGAGGAAGACGAGGACGAUAAGGACGACGAUGAUGAGAAAGAUGAUGACGAUAUGGAUGGAGAUGAUGAUGGGAAGGAGGACGAGAAUGAUGACUAG